GGGCGGCUAGCUUGACUGUGACUUCGUAAGUGAGGGCUCACUUGACCGCAGUAAAGUAUUGGUAUGAGCACUACAGCUCAAUCUGCCUCCAGGCGUCUGCGUUUGGAUACUGCGUCCCUCAACACGCAGUCUGCCUAACCUACAGACUACGACACCGACUGACUUGGCAGCAAUGGGACAGACAGUUUGCUGUACUUUGAUCGCUUUUUGCUGUGGCUUAAAAUCAGUGCAAUCCCGUCACACCCCGCAGGAUACAGUACAUGCGCUUACUUCUCUUCGCUUUUCUCUCACUUUUUGCACAAUCGUGUGUCGUAAUAUGCCCCAAGACCACCAUGACGUGUCAUGCCAGGCAGACUUUUUGCUCUUUAAUGUCCGUUUUAUUUCUCUGUGUUGCUGCAGACCUGAACGCACCUGUAGUCCACACAAAGCUUGGGAGCCUGAAAGGUGAGUAUGUGAGUGUGAAAGGGAAGGAGACUGGCGUCCAUGCCUACUUGGGUGUCCCAUUUGCCAAACCACCCCUUGGCCCUUCCUUGAGACUGGCUCCACCUCAGCCUGUAGAAGGAUGGGAAGGAGUAAGAGAUGCCACUAAACAGCCACCAAUGUGCAUACAGCCUGAACGGUUUGCUUUGGCUCUGCUUGAUAAACUCGGUUUCUUGUUGGCUGAUAUCCCAGACAUCUCUGAAGACUGUCUUUACCUCAACAUUUACACUCCUGCAAAAAGAGCUAAUGAUGCCAAGCUCCCAGUCAUGGUCUGGAUCCAUGGUGGAGGCCUGUCAGUGGGAUCAGCUUCAACAUAUGAUGGCUCUGCCCUGGCUGCUUACCAGGACAUGGUUGUGGUUCUGAUCCAGUAUCGCUUGGGACUUCUGGGUUUUCUCAGCACUGGAGAUGAGCACAUUUCAGGGAACUUUGGUCUUCUGGAUCAGAUUGAAGCUCUCAAAUGGAUCCAGCAGCACAUUCACAACUUUGGAGGAGACCCAGGAUUAGUUACCAUAUUUGGGGAAUCUGCUGGUGGAGUGAGCGUGUCCCUUCUGCUCCUGUCACCACUGUCUGAGGGGCUGUUUCACCGUGCCAUUGCUGAGAGUGGCACAGCUGCUAUGGAUUUACUUGUGGAAAAUGAUCCUCUACCAAAGGCACAGGAGGUUGCAAAUGCAUCUGGCUGCAGCCUUGAAAGCACAAAGACAUUUGCUGAUUGCAUGAGAAGCCUUGAUAUUGAUAUCAUAGUGGAUUUUACCAAGGACCGACGUUUAAGAUGUCCUGUAAAUGUUGAUGGGCAUUUCCUGACAAAACCUGUGGAUGAGCUGUUUCGUAAACAUGAACUCCUCACUGUACCAUUCAUGACCGGUGUCAAUAAUGAUGAAGCGGGAUGGAUGCUAAAAAAUUUAUUCAUUAGUGUUCCACAAAACUGGGCAGAAGGAAUGGAUCGGGACCAAGUCAUAAAUGCAAUGGCCUUCUUCUAUCCCAAUCCUAAGGAUGCAUUCAUCAAAAAUUUGAUAACUGAUGAAUAUAUUGGAAACGGUGCCGACCAUGUGAAAAACCGAGAUGGGUUCUCUGAGGUUGCUGCAGAUAUUAUAUUCAAUAUUCCAGUCAUUAAAACUGCUAAUGCUCACAGAGAGGCGGGUGCCCCUGUAUACCUGUAUGAGUACCAGCAUUCCUUGAAAAUGGUGCAGAAAAGAAGACCGAGCUUUGUUGGGAGUGACCAUACAGAUGAAAUUUUUACAGUGCUGGGAUUUUGCUUCACAACUACCCACGUUAAACUCCCUUAUCCAUGCCUUGAGGAGGAGGAAGAGUUGAGCAGAACCAUGAUGAGCUACUGGGGCAACUUUGCUCGCACAGGGUCUCCUGAUGGGCACAACCUUGUCCACUGGCCAAAGUAUGGAGCAGAUGAAAAGUACCUGGCGAUUGGUUUAAAAAAGCAGGUAACUGCUCAGCACCUGAAGAAGGAGCGGUUUGUCUUCCUGACUCAGACCGUGCCAGAGAAGAUCCAACAGCAUGAGGAAAAUCCAGAACGCAGCGAGCUGUAGAACACUCACAUCUCUUCUCUGUAACGUCCAUUUUUUAUAUCAUUACCAAAUAAUAACAACAAACAAGUUAAUCGCUUACGGCUUAAUCGCCUGCCUUUCCACUCUACAUUCACACAAAACUCAUACUAGCCAGUACACUAUGGUUAAUAGUAGAUAUGUGAUUCAGUUCUGCUGCUUGUAAUCAGGGUUUAAAAUGUUUUAAUGAAUUCAAUUUAUUUUAAUUUAUAUAGUGCCAAAUCACAACAACAGUUUUCGCAAGGUGCUUUAUAAUGCAAAGUAAAUGCCUUACAAUAACCCCAGAUGAUCCCCUUAUGAGCAAGCACUUUGGUAACAGUGGAAAGGAAAAACUCCCUUUUAACAGGAAGAAACCUCUGGCAGAACAAUGGCUAAGACAGGGGUAACUAUUUGCCGCGAUCGGCUGGGGGUGAGAGUAGAUGACAAUACACAUGCAAAACAUUGUGAAAUAAACAGAUUUGACAACCUG